AUGAAUGCCGAAUCGCAGCAUGACUCCCCCGGGAAUACGUUUUACCCUCAGAGCCCCCCAAUGCGUCGACCAGGCCUAUCCUUUUUGUACCGCCUCGAAUGCAACAUAUCAAAUGAGGAAAUCGAGAUUGGUGCGCCACACGCUGCUGGCGUCAUCCGAAGCAUUGCAACUAUCGUGGGUGGCACGUUCAAAGGACCAGAGCUUUCCGGUUCUGUGCUUCCGCUUGGAGGCGCGGACUGGGCGACAGUGAUUGAAGGAACACACAGCAUGACUCUUGAUGCGCGUUACACAAUUAAGACCGAUGACGGACACCACCUGUAUAUCCGCGCUCAUGGCCUGUACCGCCCUGGACCAGGGACAGAAUAUGGUCGUCAGGUUGCUGCAAAUCCACGGAUACGACCACCUGAUACGGUUACCCAGGCUGAUGUUGAGUUCUUUUCUCACCUGCGCAUUGAAGCUGGCCGGGGGAAGUACAAUUGGCUGAAUGGAUUGGUAUGUGUGGGUGUCAUGAGCUGCGUUGACGAUCGCAUCCUGAUUGAUGCAUACUACUUGACCAACUUUGAGGGCGUCAAACCGGAGGAUGUCAUGACAAGUCGAAGUACUGCAUAA